GUUUAGAGUCGCUUAAGAGAGAUUGAGAUUUUGCCCUAAAUUUUGUGUGAGAGCAGCGGCGAUGAAGACGGUGACGGGAAGAGUAACGAGUACGAAACCGAUCUCUCUCUCUACGGCGGCCACGCUCCUCUCCGGUUUCGUUUCUUCUGACACCGGCGCCGCUCAAGACGUUGCCGCCUACCUCCGACGCGCUAACGCUGCCUUCAGUGAGCUAAAGAGCUUUCACCGAGAGAUUAGAUCUACGAAGAAGGGAAAGGGUGAGAAGAAACCGAGUGAAGAACUCGUGGAUGAGAAGAGCAAAGGUGAAGAUGUUGUUGAGGAGAAGGUGAAGUUGGAAGAGGGGAAAGAGAGGAAGAAGAAGAAGAACAAAGGUGAAGAUGUUGUUGAAGAGAAGGUGAAUGAAGAAGAGAGAAAGGAGAAGAAGAAGAAGAAUAGAGUGGAAGAUGUUGUUGAAGAGAAGGUGAGUGUGAAAGUGGAAGAAGAGCAAAGUAAGGAGAACAAGAAGAAGAAGAAGAAGCUCAAGGAGAAUAAAGGUGAAGAUGUUGUUAUUGAAGAGAAGGUGAAUAGAGAAGAGAGAAAGGAGAAGAAGCGGAAGAGUGAGGGAGAGAUUGGUUCUGAGGAGAAGAAGAGCAAGAAGAAGAGGAAAUCAAAGGAGAUUGAUGAUGCUUGAAGUUGCUUACUUUAUUUGGUGAUCUUGGAGACAAAUUUUGUAGUGAUUUAUUUUCAAAAUGUUUCGGGUAAGUUGUAGGCUAAUGAUGUCCCUCUAGUGACAAUUAAGAUUGAAACAAGAUAUGUUUUUUCUGGAACUCUCUGUUUUGGUAGUGUUAUAUUGCAUUCUGUACUGUUACUAUAUCUGGAAGAUUAUUGAUUGCAAAGUUGCAAGUGUUUUUUUUUUUAAUUUGGAUCUUGAAGUCGCAAGCUUUAUAUAAGAACUCAGUUCUGU